AUGAGUGCUUUAGUGGCGGAUACCUAUCUUAGACGUUGUGUCGUUCGUUGGAUGUUGAUUAAUAUAACAAAAGGAUUAAUAACUACACGAAUGAAAAAUCCUGCGAAAGUAAUAUGCGUGUGCGGCCUCCAAGCCGUAUAUGAUAAUGCUGACAGUCUCCUAAAUAGGGUAGUGCAGUUUCGUAUUAUACUUGCAAAAACUGAGAAACACCCGUCUUGCGUGACCUCCUCUCCCUUAGCAAAUACUAAAUUAGUAAAAAACCCUAUUGUUUUACUUCAGGCUUAG